AGUUCCGGUCAUCUCUGAAAGGGGCCAGUGAAGCAGCAACUGGUGUGACGUGUUUUCCUGUAGCUGUUUGGUUCUGUCAGCCUUGCUCACAAGGACGGCUUUCGUCACUAUCACUGGAAGAUCCAUCCACAUCUGCGUAGAAGAGACAAUUUUUUGGCAGUGCAGAUCAGGAUGCCGGAGCAGAGCAACGAUUAUCGUGUAGUGGUGUUCGGCGCUGGCGGUGUGGGGAAGAGCUCGCUCGUGCUGCGAUUCGUCAAAGGCACGUUCCGCGAGUCUUACAUUCCCACGAUCGAGGACACUUACAGGCAGGUCAUCAGCUGCAACAAGAACAUCUGUACGCUGCAGAUCACAGACACGACAGGCUCUCACCAGUUCCCAGCGAUGCAGCGGCUUUCCAUAUCGAAGGGGCAUGCCUUCAUAUUGGUAUACUCCGUGACGUCCCGCCAGUCGCUGGAGGAGUUGCGACCCAUCUGGGAGGUAAUCCGCGACAUGAAGGGGGCCGAGCUCACCACAAUCCCCGUUAUGCUCGUUGGCAACAAGUGUGACGAGACCGAGACUAGGGAGGUCCCUGCUUCUGAAGGGGAAGCUGAAGCAGGCAAAUGGGGUUGCAGUUUUAUGGAAACUUCAGCAAAGACAAACCACAACGUGAAGGAACUCUUCCAGGAACUGCUAAACAUGGAGAAAAAUAGAAAUAUUUCAUUAGAGCUUGGUUCAAAGAAAGGUGGUCGACAAAAACUACCUGGAUCAAACAAAAUUAAGGAAAAAUGUACUGUAAUGUGAAUGAUGAAAGGAACUUUUUAUAAGUAAAAACUAUUAUUGGUACAGUACCUUGCAAUUUUGGUUGGGUAUUCAGAAACAAAAGA